AUGCAUACAUUCAAAGAAAAUCAAGCUAAGGAAUUUGAGACGAUUGUCUCACAACAAUACCAAUCCGUUGAAAUAUUAAACAACAGGGUUCAGGGUCAGGUUAUAUCCUUUAGUGACCAAUGGUUUGCCGAUGCCGCAAACCUUUUAACACCCACUGCUCCUGUCAGGGACGCUACAAGGUUUACCCAUGCGGGUGCCUGGUACGACGGAUGGGAAACUAGAAGACAUAAUACAGAAGAGUAUGACUGGGUCAUCAUAAAGGCGGGUGUGUACGCCGCGAGAAUUAUCGGUUGUGAAGUUGAUACUGCCUAUUUCAACGGUAACCAUGCGCCAGCAAUUGCAGUUCAGGGUCUUUACUCCGAAGUCUCCUCUGAGGGUGAGGAAACUCUUUCAGAAAAUGAUUCAAGAUGGACCGACGUAAUAGAAAAAGUGGAAUGCGGUCCUUCUCAAAGACACUUCUUCUUAAGAGAUUCUCUCACAGAAUCUCAUUAUAAUUAUUUUAAGCUAAAGAUGUUCCCUGAUGGUGGGAUCGCAAGAUUUAGACUAUACGGUAAAGUGGUUCCCCCCAUUUCAGAUUACGAUGGCGACUCUGCUUUGUUCGAUUCUGCAAUUGGGUUGGACCUCUGUAACAUCGUCAAUGGUGCAGUUGCCAUCUCCGUGUCCGAUCAACACUUUGGGUCAGCUAAUAACUUGAUCAUGCCUGGAAGAGGACAUGAUAUGUCCGAUGGUUGGGAAACUUCCAGAUCAAGAACACCGGGUCAUGUCGAUUGGGCAAUCAUCCAGCUAGGAAGAGGUACCAAACAUAUCAACCGUGUCGUUGUGGACACGGCUCAUUUCCGUGGUAAUUUCCCACAAUUCAUCACUGUGCAUGGUAUUAAGACCUUAGGUGAAAGUGCUCCUUCACAUGAUGAUUCUAACUGGAUUUGUCUAGUCGAUAAAUCAAAGACUGGUCCUGAUAAAGAACAUGAGUACGUCAUUAACAAAUCUUUAGAAAUUACGCAUAUCAAAUUGACGAUCAUCCCAGAUGGUGGUGUCAAGAGAGUAAGGGUAUUUGCAGCAUGA